AUGAAGGUUGCUGAGAAAGCAACGGAUCGAACCGCAUACGUGCACAUCUAUGUAGAGGGCAAAAUGGAACCAGUUGGUGAAUAUGGAGAAUAUGUCGAUCCAGCAGACAACGCCAUUUGCUGUUACGUUCCUCUCGAAAAAGGACAAGUGAUCAGGAUCGGUGGGAAGUUCUCAGGCACUACCCUAGCAAUCGCCUACGACACUCUAGUGGACGGAGUAUGUCGCAAAACUACUUCAUCGGCUGCUAAGACGGUCCAUUGUCAGAAGAACAAAAAGCUCGACGCCGCAACUUUUCUGCAUAAGGCUCAAAGCGGUACAGUUGAUGCAAAGAUGAUCGUCGCACCCCUCGCAAAUUACAAAUUGUCGCAAUGGCAAGAGACGGAGACCAUUGGAACAAUGGAACUACGUCUUUACAUCACUCGACAGCUUGGUGUCACUCACAGGGUCAAGAAUAUGAACAUGUAUUACAUUGCGGACACUCGAUUUGCAGAUACCACCGAAACGAGUGUGUUAUACAACCAGAUUGCCCCAAGUUUCCAAAUGGCGUUCGAACAAGAUACGGUGGUUUUGGACGGACAGAAAGCAUUGCGUGAGCAACGCAAGAUGGACUCAGUUCGCCCAGGGAAUGAGGCCUGGGCAAUCUUCCGAUUCCAUUAUCGCUGUCUAAAUGCAAUCACCAAGCAUGGUUUUCAGAUGAACUUCGACCCAAGGAGAAAGGAAUCUGAGUGUCGCAACCUUGUGCUUGAUCCCGUGCCUCCCCUUGUUCCUGGUGGCAAGGCUCCUAAAGAUGAUUGGGACACAUUGACACUAUGCUCCUCCCCUACGCCUUCUGAGGCACCUCUCACUCCGAUCAAAAGCUUUCACAAAGGGUCAACUAUUGAGCUAAGAUCGAACACGGAACUUGCAUUUGGCAUAGACACUGUAGCCUUGCAAGACCAAAACAUUAGCAAAGAGCUAGAGAAGAACGAGGAUGGGUAUAGCGUCAUAUCCGUGGUCGCUGCCGAUGGCGACAGAGUCAAUGGCCCUCAAUUAACCAAACCACCGGCUCGCAAUGCCGACUUGUCCGGUCUAGACCAAACAACGACAGAGUUCACCAAAAUCUCAAGUCAAAGCCAAAGCACUGGCAGCGACACGGUCAUGGUGGCUAUGCCCAAUCUGAAGACUAAUGAUGCUUUGUGCAAGUCAAAGGAAACCAAUCUGCGGACAUCUACUGUGAGGCCCAUGAACGACACUACAGUUAUGAUCGAGACUUCCAUCCAGGAUACUAUCAAAUCAAAUUUGCAGCCAUUCUCCAAGUCGACUAAACAACCUAAUAUUAACCCUACACUUGGUGCUAUAGACACCAUCACGACCAUGCAGAAGGCGAUGUACGCGCUUUCAACGCCCAUCAUUCCGGCCAAGCGCCCCGCUCCCAUAUAUACCCCUUGCACAGUCGAAUCCAAGCGCACAGAUUUCCGCACCGAGCACCCCAAAGUUACACAGGUCGGAACGCCAGGUGGCUCUGCCAGCCCGAAGCCCCUGUCCAUCGAACGCCAGAUGACUGAGCAACGCAAAAAGCUCCAAAGCCUGCGUAAGAAACGCGCGGAAAUGGCUGAGAAGCAGAGAAUAAUCGAUAUGCAAAUGGAACCGUACAAGAAACGCAUGGCGGAAGAGCUGGAGCGUCUAAAUGCGGAUAUGAUGGACGAGGAAUUGGCUUUCACAGAAGAACACGAUCAUUUUGCUGCUAGUUUGGAGAUGUUGAAGGAGUUCAAGCAGGCUGAAAGUGGCAAAUAA